AUGCUGAGAAUCAUAGCGCCGUUUAUCGAAUGCAUCAAAAGGAAAGCGGGCUCGCGUGUCGCCCAAAAUCCAGAACGUCGGACUAUUUCCGACGUUCUGGUAUAUUUGGAACGUGAACCUGUAAUGCUCCAAGCAUUACAGGAAUAUAUGCGCGAAAGGGAGCAGAUUGAAGACCUGCUCCUAACCUGCUUGGAGGAUACGGAGAGGAGGUCGGAGGUCGAAGGGCAGGAUGGAGAAGAACCGGUGCCUCAGGAGCAGGCAUUUUACGAAGAAGAGGCAGAGUGGGCCCCUCUGCCUGAAACUAAUGAUACUGAUGAGGCCGAGAAUUGGCCAACGGAAGCAGAGUGGGCUCCUCUGCCGGAAAGCGAUGAAGAAACUGAGGCACCGGUGGCACCAAAUGCCGUUGCAGAACCGGUCGAAUCGGUUCGCGAACUCGUCCUAAGGACGAGGACGAUUAAUGUUCCGGUUCUGGCGACGCAUAGAUCGGUUGCGGCAACACCGGAAGAAUUCCACCCCGCUGAUUUAGGGGAUCUUCCGGAGCAGCUCCGACGGGAGUUGCUAGUGCCGCAAGCAGAACCAUACACGGUGGUUCAAGCGAAUGAAGAGAGGAACAUCGUGUGUGGUAUCUGCGGCAGGCAGUUUGGUACAUUGAAAGGGUGGCGUAUUCACGCUUCGAGAAUGCAUAAGCAGGAUGGUAAGUUUUUGCGCUCGUUGUGGCCAUUACCUCCUGCUGCCACCCGGAUUCACGGCCGCGCAAAAGAGAGCGGCGACAGAAGUUCACGCUCUCGAUUGGUGCCCGAGAGCGUGUGCGGCCGUGAUCAACGAAAGGCAGGUCAAGCGCCGCAGACUUGA